UAUACAGUCGUUGUGAGCGGACAUCAUGCACCCAGGUGGCAAUUCGGAUCGUUUGGCUUGGGCGAACUGCAGUUGAAACAGCCAGUCAAGAUCGUACAAGACCAUAAGGGUUUCUCCUACAUACUCGACACGGGCAACAAUCGAAUCAAAAUGCUCGAUGGAAACGGUGAGUACCUGGACGAUAUUCAUAGUGAGGCGUUGAAGGACGCAAGUACCGUCGGUAUGACCAUUCUACCGUCUGGGGACAUCCUAACCCUGAAUUGGCGUACCAAGGAGAUCACCAAGUGCACACAUAACGGUGAAACGUUGCAGGUCUGCUAA